ACCAGGGAAGCCCCCUCUCACUGUGGUUUUGAUUUGCAUUUUCUCUAAUGACCCGUGAUGUUGAGCAUUUUUUCAUGUGCUAGUUGGCCAUUUGUAUAUCUUCCCUGGAGUAAUGCCUAUUUAAGUACCUUUCCCUGUUUGUUUGUUUGUUUGUUUUUUGGCCACACUACAUGACUUGUGGGAUCUUAGGGAUUGAACCCGGAUCCUCAAUGAUGAAAGCAGUUGUAACCACUGGACCAGUAGGGAAUUCCCACCUCAUUUUUAAAAAUAUUUAAUUAAUUUAUUUGGCUGAUCCUGGUCUUAGUUACUGCACAAGGGAUCGUUGAUCUUCGUUGCAGUGUGAGGGAUUUCUUUUUUUUAGUUGCUGUAUGUGGGAGCUAGUUCCCUGAGAAGGGACAGAACCUGGGCCUCCUGCAUUGGGGCAGGGAGUCUUAGCCGCUGAAUCACCAGGGAAGACCCCCAACCCAUUUUUAAAUUGAGUUGCCUUUGCAGUUGAGUUGUAAUAGUUCUUUAUAUAUUCUGGAUACUAGACUCUUUUUAGAGAUGUGAUUUGCAAAUAUUUGUUCCUAUUUUGUGGGUUUCUUUUUUUUUUUUUUUUCCCCUUUUUUUCUUCUUUUUCUAUUUUUUUUUUAAACUGGUUCCUGGGUCUCACUGCAUAGAUUUAAUUGGUCUGGGAUGUGGCAUGGAUGCUGGGGUAUUUUAAAGCUUCCCAGGUGAUUCUAAUAUGUAGCUAGGGGUGAGACCAGCUGGCUUGUUGGGGUUCAUAAUGAGCAGAGGGCCAAGUGAUGCCAGGAAGGAGGGUUACAAUAAUCUCCAGGAAAUGGAUAAAGAGCUAAAGAUUUGAAAGUUGAAAUGAAGACCUCGCCCAAGUUCUGUCGAACAGAGCUGCCGCCUCCCUACAAUCUCCAGGAAGUGCAGGUCUCCAUCAUAAACAAAUCCAGGUGUUCCUACCUGUUCCAGCAGCCUUAUUACCGCAGCAACAUCAAUUAUGACAUGAUUUGUGCUGGCUCUGAGGAUGGUGACGCUGACAGCUGCAAAGCUCCAGCCAGGCUAGUCCUGGGCAGUACCACCCUUACUGGGCCCAGCCCUGAAGACAGAAUGAAGUGGGCUUCCUCCCUCCAGGUCCUGCUCCUACUGGGGCUGGGAGCAGCUGGGAACCUGGCGUCUGAAGCUUGUGGGCAGCCUCGGGUGUCCAGUCGUAUCGUGGGCGGCCGGGACGCCCGGGCCGGAGAGUGGCCGUGGCAGGCGAGCAUCCAGCACCGCGGGACGCACGUGUGCGGGGGCUCGCUCAUCGCCCCGCAGUGGGUGCUGACGGCGGCACACUGCUUCCCCAGGAAGGCGCUGCCCGCUGAGUACCGCGUGCGCCUCGGGGCGCUGCACCUGGGUCCCAGCUCGCCCCCUGCUCUCCUGGCGCCCGUGAGGAGGGUGCUGCUGCCCCCGGACUACUCGGAGGACGGGGCCCGCGGGGACCUGGCGCUGCUGCUGCUGCGCCGCCCAGCACCCCUGAGCACCCGAGUCCAGCCCGUCUGCCUGCCCGAGCCUGGGGCCCGCCCGCCGCCUGGCACACCCUGCUGGGUCACUGGCUGGGGCAGCCUCCGCCCAGGAGUGCCGCUCCCGGAGUGGCGACCCUUGCAGGGAGUGAGGGUGCCACUGCUGGACACUCGCACCUGUGACCACCUCUACCACCUGGGCACCAACGUGCCCUGGGUCGAGCACAUAGUACUGCCAGGGAGCCUGUGCGCCGGCUACGUUGGGGGCCAGAAGGAUGCCUGCCAGGGUGACUCUGGAGGACCCCUGGUCUGCAUGAAGUCUGGGCGCUGGGUCCUGGUGGGUGUGGUGAGCUGGGGCAAGGGCUGUGCCCUGCCCAACCGUCCAGGGGUCUAUACCAAUGUGGCCACUUACAGCCCUUGGAUUCAGGCUCACCUCAACAUCUGAUGCAGUGACUGACCGGAAGCCAGACUCUGGGGACCCUCGGCUGCCCGGUCUGUCUGGGGACCGACACAUCCCUCAUCCUUCUGACCGAAGGCUCAGAGGCCUGAUAAAGCCAAGGAGCCACCCAUCCAUCCAUUCGUCUGUCUGUCCCCGGCAUCCUCCGUGGAGCUCACCAAAUGCGAGUUGCCAACCCUCCUCUAGGAGCCUCCCAUGUGUCUAGGGGUCUCACAUGCCCUCUGUUCCCUUCCUGCUCUUAUUCAGCCACCCUGAACUCCAGCCAGGGCAUCCAGAGACAGGCAAGUGAGUUAGUGCUGGGUCUGGUCUGUGUGCCCCUCUUUUCCAGAAGGAGUCAGAGAGAUUCAAACGUGACCAGGACCCAACCCCAAGGAGACGAUUGUCCUUUGCUAGCUUUGAAGGUGGAGGGGCCACGUAGCGAGGAGCCGAGAGUGGCCCCUGGCGGACAGCCAGUAGGGAAAGGAGCGCCUCGGCACGACAGCUGCACGGGACCAAAUUUGGCCAAUAACCUGAACAGGCUUGGAGGCCAACAACUCCUCCCCCAGCCUGCGGACCAGAGCCCUGACAGUCUAUGCCCUUGAUUUCAGCCUGGUGAGACCCUAAACAGGAACCCCGUUGAGCCCACCCACAGGGUUGUGAUGUAAUAAAUUAGUGUUUAAGCUGCUGUGUCUGUAGUCAUCUGCCAUAGCAGUAGAAAACUCCUAUUUGCCCCACUGUAGUGAAGGUGCCCCAGGAGGCAGGUGGUGGCCACCAGGCCUGGCCUUCCCACACAUUCAGGAGCCUGGGGCACUUGGCAUCAUGCCCUUUACCAAGAGGGGCCCCCAGGUAGGCCUGGCCGUAGUUUCUGCUGUCCUUAGCUUUUUCUGCCACUCCCCCCUUCCGUGCCCUGGGUGGGUCUGGGCUUCCCGGCCCAGGACCUCCCUGCCCCGCCUGCACCUGGAGACCGGCCUAGGCCCUUUCAGCUCCCUGACCACCCUCAGGUGCUGGUACCUGGUG